AUGGUCAGAGAGCCAAGACUCUUAGGUAAAGAAGAACAACAAGAAGAAACUCGUUAUGUUAGGAAGCUUGAAAGAGAUUGGUAUCCUGAACAGGUUGAAAGAGUUGUGGAUCCCGAUAGCGAAACCUCUUCUUUGUGCUGCGCUUGCAGGCAGCCCAUCUUCUCGACUCCAUCCAUUUCCUUCUCCAAAGGCAACACCAAGCUUUUCCUGCACGAACAAUGCGCCAGUCUGCCGCGUAAACAUCUUCACGAGCUUCACCCGCACCAACCCCUAGUCCUGAUCAACCAGCUGCUUCCCCAUCCGCAGCCAGAUGCCACUUCCUAUACAUGCCACAACUGCAAAGAAGCCUGCGGGACUUCGUUCUACCAUUACCCUAACCCUAGUUGUGAUUUUCGACUCGACCUUUCGUGUGUUUUGCAGCUCAAGAUUAAGCACAAAAGCCACAACCAUGCCUUGACGGUCAUUAGGCAAAGGGAGUUGUCUUCUCUAACUUGCGGCGCAUGCAACACAAAGCACGCUCCGAAGCCGGAGAGGCUCACUAUUUCCUAUUUGUGUAACCUCUGCGGUUACUGGAUUCACCCGGAUUGUGCUUUGUUACUCAAUGCCCUAAAUUAUAAAAAUCACCAUCAUUCUCUUUUUCUCAUCUAUAAUUUCCCUACUUCUUAUGUUGCCUUAUGUUGCAUCUGUUCUAAAUUACAUAGGGGGGGUUUUGGGGCAUUUGUUUGUCUCAAAUGUACUCCUAAUUAUCUUGUUCACAUCUGGUGCGCCCGCUGGUAUCCUCAAAUUUGCAAGCCAGUGCUUAUGCGCGACACAAAAGCUUCCGACCUUGGGCGUUCACCGAUGCAAGACGAAUGGACGAGUCUCAUUCCCUAUAUAAGACAUGAUAUUGCUGAAAUUGAGAGCAGCAGUGAUGGUCACUUUGAAGUCCACAAACAUCCAUUGAUAUUCCACAAAAACGAUGAUGGCAACCAAUCUUGGCGCCGCGUAUGCAAUGCAUGCACCCAAUAUAUUUCUCCCCCGUUUUACAGCUGCUCUGAUUGUCCAGAUUUCUAUCUCCAUGGCUGCUGCUCUCGUCUUCCAACCAGAAUCAAGCACCAUGCUCACGAAUCCUAUCUAUACCUCUACCACAAAGCACCCUGCAACUCGGAUAGAAUCUCUGCGGGCUUCUCAUGCAAAGGUUGUCAUCUUUGGUGCAAUGGAUUUGCAUACUCCUGCGACGAAUGCAACUUCACCUUGGAUGUUGUCUGCGCCCUGAUCACUCCUGCAAUAACCCACGCACCUCACAAGAGCAACCACUUCCUCUUCAUGUCUCCCACCACCAAAUUCCGCACUUACAAAAAGUGCAGCUGCUGCAGCUCUACCCUGACCGGAAUCUGCUACAGCUGCAGCAGCUGCACUGAUUUCAACCUCCACAUCAGAUGCGCCCUGCUGCCACGCACUGUUCACCAUAUAUUCGACCCGCACCCUCUCUUGCUGACAACAGCCGCCCCCAGAGAGGCAAAGGGCGGCUGCAGCAGUAGGGAUGAGUUCUUCUGUGAGGUCUGUGAGGAGAAUUUGGAGAAAGGGCCACGGCGGUGGCACUACAGCUGCGGGGAGUGUGAUCAGUGGUUCCACUAUGAUUGCAUUCCCUCAGUCGAUCGGCUUUCUAAGAUGAAGGUGGGUGUGGAAGCUCGUGUGGAUGUGCACGGAUGUCCCGUCGCGCUUGUUCGACUGGAGGAUGGCGUUUGCGCCGGGCGGCGGUGUGGAGCUUGUGGGGUGAAAUUGAAGUUGGGUGUUGAUGGUUUGGUUUACGAGUGCUCCAACUGUUUCUUUGGGUUGCAUCAAAACUGCGCCAAGAAACAUUUGUUGAAGAGGUUGGGACUAGAGAGUGGAGAACACGACAGAAAGAAAUACUCCAAUUUUUCUGAAAAAUGUAUAUAAGAACGUUUGUAUGAGUUCCAAAAAAUAUACGUCAAAAAUUACAAGAAGUGAACAUUUAUAAUAUCUAGUUUCAAGAGUAGACUAGUUCCAAGAUUGUAUUUAUUGUUGUAUCCCAACAGUCACCAACACUUGUAUAAAUUCAUGG